AACUCGAAAGAAGGAGCAAGAGCGGCAGCGCCUGUUAUGGCAGAUACCUUACAUGCAGCUGAGAAAACCUCCCACCUCGCGUGAACUUCAACAACAGAGCAAGCGUUCACUUCAAUCUGGUAAAUCGGUGUUGACAGGAGAUUCAAAGCUCACAGAAUCGAAUUUUGGCGACUACGAAAUAUAUUUCUUAGAAGGCAACGCUGUCUUAACCACAAAAUAUCCAGUGACCGGUCUUACCGAUGAAGACGGAUCCAGAUUCCCACAGAUGAGAAGGUUGGAUCAUGAUAAUGUCAAUCGAUUCAUUGGACUCUCAGUUGAUGGCGCUGAAUAUGUGGCUAUUUGGCGUAUGGUACUCGGUAUCUGCACAACUCUGUCAUCGGAGCCCAUGGUCGUGUCCGAUCGCGAGUGUUUGGUAACUGACAGCUGGCAAGUUAAGAUAUCGGACUACGGGACUGGGUCAUUGCGAGAAGAAGAGCGCCUCAAGAAAAAACGUCUGCUAUGGAUGGCUCCUGAACAUCUUCGAUCCCCCGAUACCUCUUCGAAGGCAUCAAAAGAGGGCGAUGUAUACUCGUUCGCUAUUAUCGCCUCAGA